AUGUCGGUCAUUGGAAUCACUUUUGGAAACACAACCUCUUCAAUUGCCGUUGCUGCGGAUGGUAAAGUUGACGUUAUCGCAAACCCAGAUGGUGACCGUGCAAUCCCAUCGGCAUUAUCCUACGUCGGUUCUGAUGAAUAUCACGGUACUCAAGCUUUGUCAAGAUUGAUCAGGAACCCAGAGAACACUAUUGUUAACUUCAGAGACUUCAUUGGUAAGAAAUUUUCCGAAAUCAAUGAUGAGUUCUCCUAUGGUGCCAAGCCAAAAGAUGUUAACGGUGAAGUUGGAUACGAACUUACUAUAGACGGAAGACCUCAAACCUUAACCAUCAACGAGGUAACAAAGAGGCAUUUCAAGCAAUUGAAAUCUGCUGCCGAAGAUUUCAUUGGUAAAAAAGUGGAAAGCGUGGUUUUGACCGUUCCUACUGACUUCAACGAACACCAAAAAUUAGAGCUCACAAAGAUUGUUGAAAGCGCGGGUCUCAAGGUUUUGCAAUUGAUUAAUGAGCCAUCUGCGGCAUUGUUGGAUCAUUUGUCACCGGAAGAUAAAUUGAGCGAGGACAAGCUUUAUGUCGUUGCUGAUUUUGGUGGAACCAGAUCCGACGGAGCUGUUAUUUCAGUACGUGGUGGUGUAUUGACUAUCCUUGCAACCGCUCAUGAGCACGGCCUAGGUGGUGACAAAUUGGACACUGCUUUGUCUGAAUUUUUCGCCAAAGAGUUUGAGAAGAAAACCAAGGUCAAUCCAAGAACAAAUGCAAGAUCAGUUGCUAAAUUGAAGGCAGAGUCCGUCGUUGUUAAAAAGACUUUAUCAAAUGUCCAAACAUCCACCUGUUCCAUAGAAUCAUUGGCUGAUGGAUUCGAUUUUCACACCAGUAUCAAUAGAUUGAGAUAUGAAUUGACUGCUAGAGAUGUGCUUUCAAAAAUGACUGCAUUUGUCGAAAAAGUCAUCAAGAAUGCCGGUUUGGAAGCUUUGGAUAUUGAUGAGGUGCUUUUAGUUGGUGGAACUGCACACACGCCUAAAUUGGCCUCUAAUAUAUCUUAUCUCUUCCCUCAAGCAACCAAGAUCAUUGCCCCAUCAUUGGAUCCUAAGGCGUUGAACCCUUCAGAGUUGAUUGCUCGUGGAGCUGCAUUGCAAGCUUCAUUAAUCGAAACUUACGACGAAUCGGAAAUUGCUGAGUCUUUGCAACCAAUUGUGGUCAACACUCAGCAUUUGUCCAAACCUAUUGGUAUCAAAGACGCCGAAGGAAACUUUGUCCCAGUCUUGGUUGCUGAAACCGCCUACCCUAUAAAGAAAUCGCUUGAAUUGACGAACGGAGAAUCCCCAUCUGUUGUUGUUGAAUUGUAUGAGGGCCAAAGAACUGUUAAGGAGACUGUUAUUGAAGCAGAAAAGAACGAAGAUGAAUCUGACGAGGACUCAGAUGAAGAACCAGAAAUUGAAAGAGAGGUUGUUUACAAGGUUGGCAAUUUAUUGGCCGAAUUCUCAUUGAAAGACUUGAAACCAAACUCAAAGUUGGAGGUUGUUGUCAACAUCACCCAAAAUGGUGUCUUGCACGUUUCUGGAAGAGAGUUGAAACAAGGUGCAACUGCUGUUAAAGGUGAAGUUUCUGCUCAGUAG